AUGCGCUCCGUCGCAGCCCUCGUGGCUUUGGCCCUUAGCGGCACCCUUGAUAUCGCUGCUGCAAGUCACUGCAAACCUCGUCCUUCUCACAGCUCCGCUACAACCGAUCUUAUUCCCUCCGACACCGCGACUUCAGCAGCUGCUUCCGGGACCGCCGGAUCCGUCGUUAUCAAGAGCGUCAUCGAUGGCGGCGGUUUCUCCAUUGCCCCUCCCGAAGGCGGUAUCCCAGGUUUCACUGCCAGCGGUGAUGCGACCAUCGUCGUUGGACCAGGUUACAAGGGCGAUGGUAGCAAAGACUCAGGCUGUCUUUCGCUGCAGGCUAGUGGCGAUAAGAAGCGAGAUCUCGGAAGCUUUGCUGGUGUUGCUCAGUCGCUUGAACUGCUGAGCUUGACCAGGCCUUAUACCGUUCGCUUCUUCUACUUUGUCGUUACCGCCCCGUCGCUGAACUUUUGCCAAUUGACUGCUUCGCUUGGUAGUCAGACCUUCUUCCAGACUUGGAUCAUCAGCUUUGCAACGAGUGUGCAGUGGGGUAUGGCUCUGGAGCAAGUCACAGCUGCCCAACGCUCUGCACCUCUGUCUAUCUCUAUGAACUGCUUGGUUGGAGGCUCUGCUCAGGUUUACGUUGACUCUCUUUUUAUGUCUAACCAGGUUACACCUGCGACUAUUGAUGACCAUCCUCUUGAUCUUGGUGAUGGAGAUGUCUCUGACUUCACUACUACUUCAUCUCCGGCUGUACAGACGACUACAUCUAGCAAGGUCGGAACUACCUCUGUACCUCCGAUCAUUCCAACCCAUACUCAGAGCUCAGAUUCGUCUUCCAACUCUCCUACUCCUGGUACUGGAAGUUCCAACACCCAAUCCACUGGCAAUCAUACUCCAGCCACUGGUAGCGCUAACACUGUUCCCACUGGCAAUAAUACCCCUGGUCCUGUCAACAGCCAGACCUCCGCUGGAGGUAACACUCCAGCUACUUCACAGCCUGGUCCUCAGACUCCUGGUUCUCAAACUCCAGGUGCCCGGACUACUACAUCAAGCAGCGAGAAGCAGACCAGCACCGAGUCAGCUGCUACAAGCGCCACUACAUCAGGCGGCAGCUCCUCCCCCCGUCAGUCCUCGACAAUCAAGCCCGAUGGUCCUGUCAGCCGCGUCUGCGCCAACGUCGGUACAUCCUCCAUCGAGGGCCGCGGAUGCGGCAUGCAGCCUUACAAUAGCGCUGGAGCAUACAGCCGCUUCACAAGCAGUAACUAUCAGAAGGAAGACUGCGCUGCCCUUUGUCUCGCUGAUGAGAACUGCAAGUCCUUUGAGUGGAGCUACGGGAAUAACUGUGCCAACGAGUGUCGUCUCAUCGCCUCUGUCUUGAGCGACGUUCCUGUCGGUAACACUGGUACCCAGUUCACCUCUUAUGACCGUAGCUGUAUCAUCUCCAAACCCUGCCCUAGCUUCCCCGAGGAUAGCAUUUGUAUCAACAAGAUGGGUGACACUCCUAACAAGGGCUGUGUCCGUCGUAAGGGAACGCUCAAGUCUUGUGCUCAGGAGUUCGCAGCUUUAACUGUUCAACCUUGCGGUGGCGGUGAUCAGUGCAGAGAUAUGUGUGCCAUGUACGCUGACUGUCAGUCCUACUCUUAUACUUCCCUUCUGUCUCAGAGGAACUGUAAGCUAUAUGCUGGUACUACCGAUGAGAUCACCGAGGAGGGAGGUAGUGAUUACUUCUCUGAUGUCGGCUGCUGGGCUUGUGGACAGAACAUGGGUUUUGCCACUUACGGUCUUCUCACAAAUGACAAUGUUGUCCUCCCCGAGAUGACAUGUCAGGCUCCUACCAAGGCUGUAGCUGAUACACCUACCACUUUCAACACAAGAACCACUCAGGCCGCUGAGUCUACUUCUUCUUCUUCACCUGCUAUCCAGCAGCCCCCAACCACUACCACAGAGUCUGCCAGCUCUACAGCUACCAUCAUGACCUGCCCCACCGGCAUCGCAGCCCCUGGCUUCUGCCAAAAGCUUGACAGCCUCCCCACCCAAGCCGUCUCCAUCCCUGGCAUCUUAGACCACUGGCCCCAGAGCGACAAUGAUGUCGAGCCUCCAGUCCAGCGAACCUGCAACGCCUUCGGUGUCAAGAAGGGUGGCUGGUGGGGACGGGGUAUCCAAGAAAACGCGCGUCAGACCACCAUGGAGGACUGUGCCCUUCUAUGUCGUGAGCAGGGUUACUGUGAGGCCUUUGGUCUUGAUAAUACUGACCCAAAUCGCGUGAGUUGUGCUCUGUCGACUUAUAAGCUUGGUACUGAGGGCAUUGACAUCGACGUUCCUUAUUCCUUCUGGUGGAGCGACCUGGACUGUUAUGAGUGUCAUGACUGCCAGACUGCUUGA